AGAACACAAAAUUUGGAACUGAUAAACAAAUUUAGGUUACAACAACACAAUACUUUUUGUUUUCAGCCGACAGAAGAAUAAAAUUAGGAACUGAGAAACAAAAUUAGAGAUUAAUUAGGAAUUAGAAGCUCAUCAAAUCGAUUUAUGGUCAUUAGAAGCAAACCAAUUUUAAAUUGUUACAUGAAAGAAAGUGGAAUUGAGAGAAAAGAGGAUGUUGCAAAUUAAUUGUGGAUUGUAACAUGAAGAAGGUGCAAACAAUUGAAUCAAUUGUAGAAAAGCAGACAAGAGUGGAGUUAGUUGCUUCAAACGAAAAAGAAGGAUCAGGAGAGAAGGUAUUUUUGUGAAUGACUGAUGGUGGAGUUGGAAAAAAAAGGACGAGCUUGAUAGAGGAUGGGAAUCGAAGAAGGUACUUUUGUGGAAUAGAAAAUCACGCGCAUGUUAAAGUUAUCCUAUCAGGUUGCUAACCCACCAAAAACUAAGGAUUAAAAUAACAAAGGAGUAAUAGGAUAUGAUAGUAAUAGGUUAGAUUUAUCCUUUUCUCUUGGUGCACCAAACAAGAGAUUUAAACAGGAUAGGAUAAUUUUAUCAUAUCCUGUCGUCUUAUCCUGCGCACCAAACGGGCCCUAAAAGAGAGACGAACUCUUGAAAAACGUAAAAGCAAAGAAAAACGUAGUUGUACUGUACUAAAUAAAUGGUGUGCCAAUAGCAAUCCAUAAGGAAAAGCCCAUCAUCUCUCUCAUAGUCUUAGUAGCCCAUCAUCAAAAGCCCAACAAAAAGCCCAAAACUCUGCGCGCGUCUGAACCAAAUAGCAGAAGAAUCGGAUAACGGCAUUUCUUCUCUCUUCUUCUUCUUCUUCUUCUUCUUCUUCAUUUCCACAACCACCACUCACUCUCACCACCAACAGAAACAACCGCUCUAAAAUCAUAAACCCUAACAGAGAAGAUGCUAGCAUGUAGCACCUUCCAUGGCCCUUCCACAUUCCACCGCCAUUCUCAACCUUCUAAAUUCCUACUCUCCAAGCCUAUCCUCUUCUCUCCUCGUCCUCGCUUCACCACUUUCGGUGGUAAAUUAAAGUUCCGUUCUCUGUUUUCCAGUAAAAAUCGCCGUCACAGUUUCGGUAUCAAAGCUUCUGUUGACUCAUCGUCGGAGGUUUUAGAGUCAAUUGAUGUUGAUGGCCCGCACAUUGGACCACAACGGUAUUCCGUCAAGAUUCCCGUUGGUGAUAGACAUAUUUUGGUUGAGACUGGUCAUAUGGGAAGGCAAGCAAGUGGUUCUGUUACUGUUACGGAUGGAGAGACUGUUUUGUACACCACUGUUUGUUUGUCUGAUACUCCUAGCGAGCCAUCCGAUUUUUUCCCUCUUUCUGUGAAUUAUCAAGAGCGUUUUUCAGCUGCUGGUCGCACUAGCGGAGGUUUUUUUAAACGAGAAGGAAAGACAAAGGAUCACGAGGUUCUUAUUUGUAGAUUAAUUGAUAGGCCUCUGCGUCCUACUAUGCCUAAGGGCUUCUACCACGAAACUCAAAUAUUAUCUUGGGUUUUAAGCUAUGAUGGAAUGCAUAUCCCCGAUUCCUUGGCUGUCACUGCAGCUGGCAUAGCACUUGCACUUUCAGAAGUGCCUAUGUCAAAAGCAGUUGCUGGAGUUCGAGUUGGUCUCGUUGGUGAUAAGUAUAUAGUAAAUCCUACAAAUGAGGAGAUGGAAAACUCUGAGUUGGACCUCAUGCUGGCUGGCACAGAUAGUGCAAUAUUGAUGAUAGAGGGUUAUGGGAAUUUUCUUCCAGAAGAGAAGCUACUUAAAGCUGUAGAAGUUGGUCAGGAUGCAGUGCGAGCAAUCUGUAAUGAGGUAGAAGCCUUGGUCAAGAAAUGUGGGAAGCCAAAGAUGAUUGAUGCCAUCAAGUUACCUCCUCCAGAGCUUUAUAAACAUGUUGAGGAAAUUGCUGGUGAUGAGUUGAUAAAAGCUCUUCAAAUUAGAAACAAAAUACCAAGAAGGAAAGCCCUUUCAUCAUUAGAAGAAAAGGUUCUUAAGAUACUUACAGAAAAUGGGUAUGUCGCAAAUGAUUCAGCACCAAGUAGUAAUGCUGAAACCAUCGCAGAGAUUCUUGAGGAUGAGGAUGAAGACGAGGAAGUAAUUGUUGAUGGUGAAGUUGAUGAAGGUGAUGUUCAUAUAAAGCCCACUCCACGCAAACCAACACCUUUAUUUUCUGAGGUAGAUGUGAAGUUGGUAUUUAAAGAAGUUACCUCCAUGUUUUGGAGGAAACGUAUAGUGGAGGGAGGGAAAAGGAGCGACGGGAGAACGCCACACGAAAUCCGACCAAUUAACUCAAGUUGUGGCCUAUUGCCUAGAGCACACGGAAGUGCUCUGUUUACGAGGGGCGAGACACAGUCGCUAGCUGUUGCUACACUCGGAGAUAGCAAGAUGGCACAACGAGUAGACAAUCUUAUAGGUGUUGAUGAUUACAAAAGGUUCUAUCUGCAGUAUUCGUUUCCUCCCUCGUGUGUUGGGGAGGUUGGCCGGAUUGGUGCACCGAGUAGAAGAGAAAUUGGUCACGGGAUGCUUGCUGAGAGAUCCCUUGAAACAAUUUUGCCUUCUGAUAAAGAUUUCCCUUACACUAUUCGUGUUGAGAGUACUAUCACAGAAAGCAAUGGUUCUUCAAGCAUGGCAUCUGUUUGUGGAGGUUGCUUAGCCUUGCAAGAUGCUGGGGUUCCUAUUAAAUGCUCUAUUGCUGGAAUUGCAAUGGGUUUGGUUCUUGAUACCAAGGAAUUUGGUGGAGAUGGAACUCCGCUUAUUCUGUCUGACAUAACUGGAUCGGAAGAUGCAUCUGGAGAUAUGGAUUUUAAGGUUGCUGGGAAUGAAAAUGGCAUAACUGCAUUUCAGAUGGACAUUAAGGUGGGUGGAAUUACUUUGCCCAUCAUGAAAGAAGCACUGCUACAGGCAAGAGACGGCAGGAAACACAUACUUGGAGAAAUGAUGAAAUGCUCGCCCCCUCCAGCAAAAAGCCUUUCCAUGUAUGCUCCUCUGAUUCACAUUAUGAAGGUUAGACCCGAUAAAGUAAAUCUUAUAAUCGGUUCCGGUGGGAAAAAAGUGAGGAGCAUUAUUGAGCAAUCUGGAAUAGAGGGUAUUGAUGCUGAAGAUGACGGCACUGUGAAAAUAUUUGCGAGAGAUUUGGCUGGUUUAGAGAAGUCUAAGGCUAUCAUUAGUAAUUUAACAAUGGUUCCAAAUAUUGGUGAUAUAUAUAGGAACUGUGAAAUAAAAUCAAUAGUUCCAUAUGGAGUUUUUGUAGAGAUAGCACCUGGACGAGAGGGACUUUGCCAUAUUAGUGAACUGAGUUCAGGUUGGCUAGCUAAGCCAGAAGAUGCUUUCAAGGUGGGAGAUCGUAUUGAUGUAAAACUCAAAGAGAUAAAUGAAAAGGGACAGUUGCGUCUAAGUUACCGAGCAAUGCUUCCAGAUGCAGAUUCAGACAGUUCAAAUUCAAGUGAUGAGGGUUCGUCGGAAGAAGUUACCAGCCUGACAAAUGCUGGUUUAGUUGAAGAUAAGGUUAAGACACCUAAAGGCACAGCCUCAUCUAAAAGAAGUUCAGAGGACAAUUCUGUACUUCCAUCAAAAAAGUUUAUCAGGAGAUCGGUAAGCCCUUCCCAAGAGAAGCCGAUCUCGAACAAAGACAAGAUAAAGAAGAGCGGCAACAAAGCAGUCAGCAGUGUCUCUAGCAAAGAUGAAAAUAGUUUGGUUGGUGACGAGGCAUAAAAUUGAGAGCUAAAGUAUUUCCAAGGAAAACUGAAAUUGAUGCUUAUGAUAAAAGUGGUUUCAUACGCACACAAAGGAGGUUGUCUCUUACAAACUAACAAAUGAAUGAUGCUAUUUACAACGAAGAUUUUUUGGCACAUCCUGGUGCCUGAACUGAGAGUAUAGACACUUACUGGAAUCUACAUUUUAAGGCAGUUAAUCUUGCUUGUCAAAUAAAGGUGCUAGGGUUUUACUAUUCAAGUCUCCUUUUGUAUAGUAUGUAAAUCUCACAUGUAAUGCUUCAGAUGUUUGUACUUGAUAGUAUGUCAUGGGAAUUUUUUUCUGUUUCUCCCAAUGAUACCUCCGCGUCUUAAGCCUUGUACUCUAGUAUUCAAUUAUUUAAUUAUUCAAUGUAAAUCUUAGUGCAAAAGUACAAGUGAUAAGGAAGAAGUAAUAUUAUUGUGCAUAGGCACAGCAUUAUGUUUUCUGGGUAA